AGACCGGCGCGUGGACUGCCCAGUCUUCGCUGCCGCUGGAGGAUGCGAAUGCCGCGGGGACGACUGCGACUGGCCGGCCUACGUCGUCAGCUCCUGUCCGAAGUCGUGCGACAUGUGCGGCGCGCAGAGCAAAUUCAAGCCGUGGUGGGUCGACUCGAGCGAAGAGGACUCCAGCGAGGAAGACUCGAGCGAGGAGGGCGGCUGGAAGCCCUGGUGGAAGGACUCGAGCGAAGAGGACUCCAGCGAGGAGAGCGGCGAGAGCGGGUCCAGCGAGAGCAGCGAAGGGGGCUCCAGCGAGGAGAGCGGCGAAGGGGGCUCCAGCGGAGAAAACGGUAGUGGGGAAAAUGGCUCCAACGAAGAAACAGAAGCUCCUGAGACUAAACCUCCUCCCACAGCCGCCCCUACAACGCGGCCACCUCCCCCACCCACAGCUGCUCCCACAACGCGGCCACCUCCCCCUCCCACAGCCGCCCCCACAACGCGACCACCUCCCCCACCCACAGCCGCCCCCACAACGCGACCACCUCCCCCACCCACAGCCGCCCCCACAACGCGACCACCUCCCCCACCCACAGCUGCUCCCACAACGCGGCCACCUCCCCCACCCACAGCCGCCCCCACAACACGACCACCUCCCCCACCCACAGCUGCUCCCACAACACGGCCACCUCCCCCGCCCACAGCCGCCCCCACAACGCGACCACCUCCCCCACCCACAGCUGCUCCCACAACGCGACCACCUCCCCCGCCCACAGCCGCCCCCACAACCGAGGAGCCCUCCAAGCCCGGGAACUGCGGCGUCGACUGCUCCCAGGGGCAGUAUCACCCCCACCCCAGCGACUGCCACAUGUUCAUCCAGUGCACCCCAUACGGCCCUCAGGAGAUGCCCUGCGCCCCGGGAACCGUGUGGGACCAGGACCUCUUGACCUGCAACCACGAGGCCACGACCCCCUGUGUCACCGCUGAACCUUGUGUCAAAAGUCACGACAAGCAGUGCCGCAAAGGAAACGGACGGUAUGCCAUCGAAGGGAAGAAGACUGAAUAUUACCUCUGCCACUUAGGAGUAUCGUAUCUCCUUCACUGUCCCAAUGAAGGUACCUUUAACCCUCGCACUGAGUCCUGUGUCUAUAAGGACCGUACUGCCAUUGGGAAGGUAGUCCCAUAGAUGGCAAGAAGGGGUGUAGUUUGAGUAAGAAUAUUAGUAGGAGUUAGUUCAAUAAACUGUAAUCUGA